AUGGCCUUUCGGAAGUGGAAGAGCCAGGCAGUCCUCUUGAGUAACAUCUGCUUAUUGAUGGUGACACUUAUUCACCUUUGUAUAAUAAUUACUGCUCAGAGUGUGCAAUUAGGAGCGGCUUUUGUGCUGUUUGGAUUUCAGGAUAUGAAGCGGAUUGUUUCUAAUGUUCUACGCAAAGUCAGUUGUGAUGAUACAGCAAUAUGUAUUCUGAACAGUGACAAGAAGAUUCUCAGUUCUCGUCGCUAUGUGAAUCGCGAAGUACAAAAAAGGCUUAGAGGAAUCUGCCCUGCUGCAGCGGCUGAUCAGCACCGAUCAUACAUCGAUCUAUUUGUUGACGAAUGCUUGGAUGAAAGUGGGAUGCGGCUUUGUAAUCUGGACGGUGUAGCAGUAACAACACGACCUGGUUUAAUCAUUUCUCUUCGAGUUGGUACUGAAAAAGCUAUCGCUUUAGCAAGGAAAGGCUGCAUACCGCUUAUACCAGUUCAUCACAUGCAAGCUCAUGCAACAAUUGCUACUUUGAUGAAACAAGUGUCUUAUCCAUACGUAUCUGUUCUCAUUUCUGGUGGACACUCAAUAAUAGCUAUAACUAACGGACCAGACGACUUUGAAGUUCUGUUGACCAGUACAUCCGGUAGUCCUGGGGAAUGCAUUGACAAGAUUAGUCGGGCGCUUAAUUUCAAGGAACCGGAGCUGCUUGGUUUACAUCCGGGAGCUGCCCUAGAAGUGAUGGCGUCAAGAUCGUCUGUGAAUGGCUUCAAGCGGUAUUCAAUCGAUAUAAAUAGAUUUCUGAAAAUGGAUUUACACUUCAAUUUUUCAUGGAUCAAGGCUACGUACUUGGUCAUGAUUUCAAGGCAACGCAUUCUCAAUGUUCCUGAUUUUUGUGCAAGCGUUCAGCACUCCAUCGCAAAGUACUUGGUCGAGAAAUUAGAUUGUUGCUUGCAAUAUUUGAACGAUUCCAACAAGAUCCCACCUCGCAAUCGCUUAGUUUUCGUUUCUGGCGGUGUUGCUUCGAACAAAUAUAUAUUAGCCAAAAUUAGUGGUGCUUGUGAAUCUCGUGGUUACAGUCUCUGUGCUCCUCCACAGUUCUAUUGUUGCGAUAAUGCAGAAAUGAUAGCUUGGAAUGGUAUACAACUGCUGACGAAAGGGGCAGCUUCCGUUAUAUUACCUGAUAAAAUACCUGCAAGUAUCUUUGUUUCAUCGCGCUCCCGUAUUGGCGUCGAUAUUUCUCAAGAUCUUCGAAAAUAUCUGGCCAUGACUUAUGAAACGUCAGCAGAAGCAGCAGAGAGGCGUAACAGGGAACACUGGCGUAACACUUCAUUCAAAUCAUAA